GAGAAGACGUCUUUCUCAAAAGGGACAUUCUUGCUUGAAGAACGCUGUCUUCCAUCUUUGCCAACUUGAACCUGUCCAAUCUUUAAGCAGACUCUGCUCUUGAAGGGGUUUUGGGGUUUUCCUUUCAGCCGCCAACAUGUGCCCCGUGCUCUCGCAAUGGGAGAUUGGACAGGAAGGUGCUGAGGCGCAUGACGGUCCAAGCGAGCCGGGCCCUGCGAUUGAGCGGGAUUGGCGUCAGAGCUUGCCUAAGACGCUAGAGAAGGCUGAAAGACCGCCAGACCCUGAGGCCUCGUUCUGCAACCCUCUGACAAAGAGGAGAGGGUACAGCAAGCUGGUGAACGAGUAUUAUAACAAGCAGAAUGAGAUUCUUAGCCAGUUCAACGACCUGGACACCUUCGAGGAGAGGAUGGCUGUCAACGCAGAGGCUAUGCAAAGGGAACGGGAGAGGACGGACCGCGGGGAGCGGCUGGCCAUCAAGCUGAGCAACAUCGCCAACGUGCUGCUCUUCUGCCUCAAAGUAUAUGCGUCAAUCGCCACCACUGGGCAUUAUCGUGUUUGCCAGCAUCAUGGCGAUGCUGGGCCUUCAGGUCCUCGUCGAAGCAGCUCGUGA